GUUUUAAAAGUGAAAAUAGCUUGUUACUAUGCAAAUUUAGUGAAAAAAUCUACAACACUAAUUAUUUAAAUUGUCUUAAAGGAAUUACUCUGUUUUGAAAUAAUUAACAAUAUGCCUACGACGAUACUCUUACCAACUCAAAAAAUGGUGAGACCAAAGAAUUCAAGUUUUAGAGAAAAGGAAAUGGACAAUGGAAGUGACAGUGAAACAAACACUUUUCUCGGAUCUAAUAGGUGGAAGUCUUGGAUAUUGAGUCGAAUUGGCCGGAGUAAUGCGAUAGAUUCUGAUGAAAGUAUUGAUAUGAAAGCUUCUAGUCGUCCCAAUGAGUUGCAGGCAAUUUUAGUAAAAGAAAAGGAGAAAGAGAGUGAUGUUUGCCUGUUGGUUGAUUCACCAUAUAGAAUACUGAGGGCUGCUGAACGAGGAAAUUUGGACGAAUUUGUACGUUUGUAUCAAUUUGACAACUCAAGAUUGACCGUUAAAGAUGGUCGUGGUCGUUCAGUCGCUCAUCAAGCAGCAGCAAAAAAUAGAAAAAAUAUUUUGGUUUAUAUCCAUGAGAUGCAUGGAGAUCUCAAUUGCCAAGACAACACAGGCUCGACACCAUUACAUUUUGCAGUAGAAAACGAAUCGUUUGAUGCUAUUGAAUUUUUAUUACAAGUUCCUGUCAAGACAAACAUUCUAAACGAUAGAAAAUUCUCGCCUCUACAUCUCGCGACAUUGUUGAAUAAAGUUAAUGUCCUCAAAGUUAUGGCAAAGCAUCGCGAUAUAUUUGACAUUCAACAAGGAGGAGAACAUGGCAGAACAGCCUUACAUCUUGCUGCUAUUCAAGAUCAUGAGGAAUGUGCCAGAAUAUUGAUUACCGAAUUUGGAGCAUCACCUAGAUCAGCAUGCAAUUUAGGCUAUUAUCCGAUACAUGAAGCUGCGAAAAAUGCUAGCAGCAAGACAAUGGAAGUUUUCCUUCAGUGGGGGGAAUCAAAAGGAUGUACAAGAGAAGAAAUGAUUUCAUUUUACGAUUCUGAAGGAAAUUUACCACUUCACUCUGCCGUCCAUGGAGGUGAUAUAAAAGCUGUUGAAUUAUGUUUGAAAUCAGGUGCUAAGAUUUCAACACAACAGCAUGACCUUUCUACACCAGUUCAUCUUGCUUGUGCUCAAGGCGCAUUAGAGAUUGUCGAAUUGAUGUUUAAAAUGCAACCACAGGAGAAGAAGACUAGUUUAUUGUGUACGGAUAUACAGAAAAUGACUCCAUUACAUUGUGCUUCAAUGUUUGAUCAUCCGCCACUUGUUGAGUUUCUAGUUAAUGAAGGAGCAGAUGUAAAUGCUCAAGACAAAGAAAAUCGCUCAGCAAUAUUAUUGGCAGCAUCACGUUCUGGUUGGCGAACUGUUCAUGUUUUAAUCCGAUUAGGAGCAGAUAUUCAUAUUAAGGAUGUAAACCAACGAAAUUUGCUUCAUUCAAUCAUUCUCAAUGGUGGACGAUUGGAAGAGUUUGCUGACGAAAUCAACAAGCAUUCUGAGUGCAGUUGGAGUGAAUUCUUAAAUGAAAAGGAUAUAUCAGGAUGUUCCCCUCUACAUUAUGCAUCGCGUGAGGGUCAUAUAAGGUCUCUGGAGAAUCUGAUUCGAAUGGGCGCAUGUAUUAACUUGAAAAAUAAUAACAAUGAAUCCCCACUACACUUUGCUGCACGUUAUGGUCGAUAUAAUACUGUUAAACAACUUCUUGACUCGGAAAAAGGAACAUUUAUUAUCAAUGAAUCGGAUGGAGAAGGAUUGACACCUUUACAUAUUGCUUCCCAACAAGGGCAUACACGUGUUGUUCAAUUGCUUUUAAAUCGUGGCGCACUUUUACAUCGUGAUCAUAAUGGACGUAAUCCAUUGCAUUUAGCUGCAAUGAAUAAUUACACGCAGACAGUUGAGCUACUACACUCAGUACAUAGUCAUUUAUUAGAUCAAGUUGAUAAAGAUGGGAAUACAGCACUUCAUUUGGCAACAAUGGAAAAUAAGCAAAAUGCUGUAAAUUUACUAUUGACGAUUGGAUGUAAACUUUCAUACAACAAUAUGGAUUUGUCAGCUAUAGAUUAUGCAAUUCAUUAUAAAUAUCCUGAAGCAGCAGUAGCGAUGGUCACUCAUGAAGGACGUGGAAAUGAAGUGAUGAGUCUAAAAAGUGGUAAACAUCCGUGUGUAACCUUAGCUCUAAUUGCAUCGAUGCCAAAAGUUUUUGAGGCUGUUCAAGAUAAAUGCAUUACUAAAGCUAACUGCAAGAAGGAUUCAAAGUCAUUUUAUAUAAGAUACUCGUUUAGUUGCUUUCUCUGCCCACAAUAUUACACACAAGUGGAUGAGAAAACUGGAAAUGCUCUUAACAUUUCCGAACCAAUUCCAUUGCCAGCGAUGAAUAUUAAAUAUUCAUUUGAUGUAUAUCAAAAGUCAAAGGAAAAGAUCGGAUUCAUAAGAGAAUCAAUGAAUGAUCCGAACUGGUUACCUCCUCCUUUGCAAGUUUGUAAUGCUAUGGUACAACAUGGAAGAGUUGAGCUUCUGGCACAUCCAUUGAGCCAAAAAUACCUUCAGAUGAAAUGGAAUAGCUAUGGAAAAUACAUUCAUAUUGCGAAUCUACUAAUCUACAGUAUUUAUUUGACUUUUACUACGAUGUAUUCCUCGCUUUUGAUGAAAAACGAAUCGACACGAAUUUCUACGUUCGUCGAUAAUGAUGUUAAUGGAACUGACGGAGUACAUAAUUUAACAAAGUCUGAUGACGAAGAACAUUACAAAAGAGUAGAAGUUAACUCAGGAAUGUUCAUAUCUGGAGCUGUAGUCUUCACAUAUGUCCUUGCAUGUUCAAUUAGAGAAAUUAUACAACUAAGCCAAAAACGUUAUCAUUAUCUAUUUGAGCCAGUAAAUUUUGUGUCAUGGCUACUUUACAUUAACACAAUUAUCAUGAUCUCUCCAAUAUUCACUAAUGGCUAUGUUUGCGACUUCUUAUAUGCAUCUGCAUCAUUUACCAUCUUUUUAUCGUGGUUUAAUCUUUUACUACAUCUACAACGAUUUGAUCAGAUUGGAAUUUAUGUUGUCAUGUUUUUGGAAAUAUUACAAACGCUAAUUAAAGUCCUGAUGGUAUUCUCGAUACUUAUAAUUGCUUUUGGACUUGCAUUCUUUAUACUCCUAUCAAACAUUGAAAAUCCACAAGCAAAUCAUUUGUCAUUUCAAACCAUUCCAAUGUCUUUAAUGAGAUCAUUUUCCAUGAUGCUUGGAGAAAUGGAUUUUGUUGGGACAUUUAUUCAGCCAUUCCAUAUGAAACAUCUACCUUAUCCUUAUGCUUCAUUCGCUAUUUUAUUCUUAUUCAUGAUUUUGAUGCCAAUCCUUUUGAUGAACUUACUGAUUGGUUUGGCUGUCGGUGAUAUUGAAAGUGUGAAGAGAAAUGCACAAUUAAAACGUUUAGCAAUGCAGGUGGUGUUACAUACAGAACUUGAAAGGAAGUUACCUAAAGUGUGGUUGGAAAAGGUUGAUAAAACAGAACUAAUUGAAUAUCCAAAUGAGGCAAAAUGUAAAGUGACGAUGCUUGACUCAAUUCUUCGAAAAUGGUUCUGCAACCCAUUUAAUGAGUCGGAAAACUCUGGCCUAGAAUUUGUCUUAGACAACACAUGUGAAGAUUAUGUAAUGGCAGAGAUUGAAAAACAAAAGCAUAAAUUGAAAGAUUUGACUAAAAUGAUGGAACAACAACAUCAACUUCUUAGAUUAAUUGUUCAAAAAAUGGAAAUAAAAUCAGAAGCUGAUGAUGUUGAUGAAGGAGUUUCAUUAAGAGAAGCUCGUCCUUUAUCAGCUAUUUCGAAUGAAAAUCAAUCCAAAUGGACCUCACCUAGGAUAAGAAAGAAAUUGAGGACACUUAAAAGCUUUAGCAAGAGUAUUUCUCCUUCCGUAAAGAGAAAAAAUCAAUACUUUGAACAAAGAAACAUGGCUUUCCGUAAUAAUCGUCGAAACAAUCAAGGGGGAAAUUUCAAUAACAACUACGGUGGUUCCAUUAGCCGUGGAAAUGUAAAUCCAUGGAACAAUAACAUGGAUAACGGUCCAAACCGUGGAGGUGGAAAUCAAAAUGAAGUUGUUGGUGCAUUGUUGAAUAUGUUCCGUAAUCAAGGAAAUAUCCCAUCUCUUAUUGAAAACAUGGGUAACGGAUUCAAUCGUGGAAAUCAAGGUGGAGGAGGAGGUGGGGGUGGAUUCAAUGACAACUUCCAUCGAGGCGGUGGUGGUCGCAAUAUGUCCAAUAAUCGUCGAAAUAAUAAUAAUAAUAAUAACAAUAAUAAUCGUGUAGUCAAAGGUGCUAUUCGAAAACCGAAUGUGGCUAAUCGUAAAGCGAUGGCCAAUAAUAAUAAAAAGAAUUCCAAUAAUUCUAAGCAAAAUGAUUCGGCGACUGAUUCUACAACCAAUACCAAAAACACUAAUGAUGCGAGAAACGGAAAGGACGUAAAAGGUGACAUCAAUGAGAAGGAACCAAAGCGUAAGAAUUCUCCCUAUUCGGAUGUUCCCAAUGACAUGUUUUAUUGUCAUUUGUGCGCAAAGCAUAUGUGGGAUUCUACAUCAUUUGAGAAUCACUUGAAAGGAAGAACUCAUCAAAUGAUGAAGGAAGGAGUUGAGGAAUCUUAUCAUCUCAAGGCUAAUAUGCUUCGUCAAGAGGCAAAGAUUGCCGAACAAUUGAAGUCUAUUGAAAUUGAUCGUUUGAAACGUCUUGGCAAACAAAUUCGUGCUGCUAAUCAAGUACGCGAAUAUUGUGCAAUGUGUGACUUGAGCUUCUAUGGACAUCUAUCAACUCAUCGUAAAACUGAUGGGCAUUUGGAUCUUAAGAAAUUUUUGCAUCCAAAAUGUGAUGAUUGCAAUGCCGAGUUCCAUAAUCGUGCUGAAUAUGAUGACCAUUUAUUGUCACCACAGCAUAUGAAGACAUGCAAGACUCCACCAUCAUACAAGUCUGAAGAAAGUCGUAGAAAUCGUUUGCAGAUUUUGACUGAAGCUGAUGAAGUUCAAGGAUUACGUGAAGAGAAACCUAAGAAGGAGAAAAAAGAAGUUAAAGAAGGUGAAACAGCCGAGGCAGCUGAUGGUGAAAAGAAGGAAGAAAAUGGUGAACCAAUGGAAACUGAGGCAACUGAAGAGGAUGGAAAGGCUGAAGAAGAAGCUGAAGAUGCCGAAGCAGCUGAUAAGCCAGAAAUCGAGCCAAUUUUGGACUUUAAGGAUGGUGAUGAAAUCGGUCCAGAAAUUGAGACUAAGAUUCCAAAAUACAACUGCAAGCGUCAAGUUGGCUUCAGUUUGAUUUCAAAAUUGAUUUGCUUUGAAUGUCGUUUAUGUAACAAGUACUUUGACACCGAAGGCACAGCUGAAGUUCAUUCACGUACAUUCAAUCAUCAUCGUCUUUUUGUUAAAUUCCUCAACGAGAAGGCAAACGAGACUAAAAUCGCUCAAAAACGUGCUGCUGCUGCUGCUGCCGAAGAAAAUGAACGUCAAAAGAGAAUCAAAUUAGAGAGUGAGACUGAAGCAACUACAGAAGUAGUUGCAAAGCCAUCGGAUGAAUUAUACGAUCCAACUGAAGCCACAGCAGAUGAUGAUACAAAAGAGGAAAUUACUGAUGAAGUAAUGAAACCAGUUGCUGAAACUGUUGUGGAAAAGGAACCUACACCUGUUGAGGCACCAAAGGUUGAAGAAAAAAAACCCGAACCAGUUGCAGAGCCUGUAAAAGAGGAAGUAGCAACUCCAGUUGUUACCCCCGCAACCCCAUCAACACCUGUUGCUACACCAACACCAGUAACACCAGCUACACCCACAGUAACUCCAGUUGAAAAACAACCUGAAACUCCAAAAGCCAAUGAACAACCUCAACAGCAAAAUACACCCAAAUCACAGAAUAAUACUCCAAACAAGAAUUUCAACAACAAUAAUCGUGGUGGACGUGGAGGACGUAAUAAUAACAAUCAACGUCGCUCAGGACGAUAUGGUGGUCGUUUUUAAAUUCUGAUUGCCUAAAACUUUAUCGAAUUUAAGAGCAAGCUUCCUCAUAAUUAGUAAAUGAUUUUUUUUUAAAAAAAGGACAACUGAAUCUAAUUUAAAUAUGCGUGUGUUUAUCAAGAAAAAAAUAUUUCAAUUAAUUCAUACAAUAGUAAUUACUGUAUAAGUGUAUUUAAGCUUAUCAUGAAAUUCAAUCAUGAAGUUUGUCCACAUAAUUUUAGAAAAUUACUCGACUUACAUGAUUAUCAUUAAAGAGAUUUUCAAUGAAUGAAAUUAAACUCACUAAAUUAAUAUCUUAUUCUCUAUUACUUACUAUAUCAAUUUUCAUACUAUUUAAAUAUUCUUUUCUUUCAACAUUACGAUAUUCCACGAUGAACUUACUAUUAAUUAUGAAAGGGAAGAGAAAAUGUGCAGUAAAUUAUAAUUUUUAAGCGUAUAAGGAAAAACAAAAACAAAAGUGAAAUAUUCAUCAAUUUUGAUGGAUAUAGCACACUUAUUAAUAUGUCUUGCAAUUAAAUAGAAGAAAUUAGCUCAUGAUUAAGUAACAGUACAGAUCAAUUUUAUUUCAUUUUGUCUUUCCAGUAAUUUGUAAUUCUCAAGAUACAACUCACAUUUUUGAGUACAAUCGAAGUGAAUAAAGUAAUUUUAUGAACUUAGUA